AUGACGACAUGUCUUGAUGCCGCGGGUGCAACUCCACGGAAUUGUGUACAAACUACUGAAGAAGUAUCUGAACGUGUGAGAUGUGCACGUCUCUGGUGUUAUAGACAUUGGUCAAUUUUAUGUGAUCCUAAAUUACAACGGAAAGUAAAAUUUCAAAUCUACAAGCAAUUUGUACGGCCCAUAGUAACUUAUGGUUGUGAGACAUGGUGUCUUGACGAACGGUCUUGUAAAAAGCUGUUGCGCUUCGAAUGUUCUGUUCUUUUACAAGUAUAUAAAUCAAAAUAUCCACAUCGACAUCCCAAAAGAUUGCGUCCAAAAAUAAAAGACGUGUAUUGCCGUUACAGAGAUACUCAUGUUGUAGAUCAUGUGAGAAGGCAACGUUUAGAUUGGAAUCAGCUAUUACAGUGCGAAGAAAAUGCGUGGAAACGAGUUCAAACAAAAACAGGACAGCAGAUUCAUUGGUGGGACAAUUAA